CAUUGCACAUGAAAUCACACGAUUGUCCAUGGCUCUAGAUUCAUUGUCGUCGUUGUCAGAAGAGAAGUGUUGAGCGGUGCAGAGGUGUUGAAUGUUGAGAGUUUGAUUGUCGCCGCCGCCGCCGCAACAACACUGGGCGUCGACGAUGCGAGUGUGCUAGGUAUCGAUGCCAGUCUGCUGGGUCUUGCAGAGGUAUUAAAAAAUGUGUUGGAGGAGAAAGAGUGGGAGAUGCUCAUGGACCCUUUUCGCCAGUCUCGUGGUCAACCUGUAAAUGGCCCGCAUGACGGGAUUGAGACUGUCGACACCUCUCCGUCGCCCAUGGAGGCACAUGUACCCGAGGAUACUCUUGAGCGUGUCGCGGGUCUGUUUCCGGGAUUAGGUGCCCAGGAGGAAGAGGACGUCAAUGACCUUUUCAAGGAUAUCUUGCAAUUUGAGGGAGACCUUGAUUCGACAAUGGGUGUGGGGGCGGAUGCCAUCAAUCAAGAGACAAUCGUUUCCGAUGGGAAUGUGUCCGAGGCAAAUGUGUUUGAUGCAAUGUUGAACGCAACAGUGAGGGACGCCGAUACAAUGACAAGAGACGCGGACUGGACCGCCAACGCUGUUUCCAGUGACUUGCCAGUGGCCGAAUUGCCAGUGGCCGAAUUGCCAGUGGCUGGGUAUACAUUCGAUUCCGACGGCCUUGACAACCUCCUCUCUUCUCCCAUGCUCUCUCUAUCAAGCGACAUGUCGAGCGCCUCUGGCCUCGACUGGGCAUCACCCGAGAUCUCUACUGUUCCCGACACGUUCAAUCUCCUCACAUCCCCCACACUCUCGCUCUCCGAUAAUGUCUUUGAUUGCGGGGGUCUCUUGACGAACGAAUCCUUUUUUUCGAAUGGCGACGUCCCUAGCGACACAAUGCCCGAGUCGACUGGCAACAUGACUACUUUGAAACCGCCUACCGAAUCGACCAGUCAAAUUAACACGGACGCCCUCCUCGCUGCCAUCUCCACACCCCUCUCUCCCACGCCCACGGUGACGGCCCCUUUUGCCGAUCCCCCGACACCCACACCCGACGCAAUAGCCUCCAUCCUCGCCACGAUUCUCUCCACCCCUCAGUCCGCCGACGGCCUGUACCACUGCCCCCUCCCCACCUGCGCACGAGGCUUUGUCCGCCGAUACAACCUCAAGACCCAUUUUGCAGCCACCCACGCAUCCGUACGCAAGUUUGUUUGUCAGUACUGUUGUCGGGAGCCGUUUGCGAGACGAUAUGAUUUGCAAAGGCACGUGAGUAAUAAGCAUGGUGAGAACCCAGACCAAGAGACCAAUGCGUGCGAGCAUAAGCGAAAACGUGGUGCGCAAGAUGAUGAGCAUGAUGGGAGGAAACGGAAAGCUGUAUGUUGUAAAUAGAAAAUUGUAGUAAUGGAUUGCGAAUCUCUUUAAUUGGAUUCCACAAAAAGAAAUAUAAAGUUGUCGUCGUUGUUGAUCUCUAUACACA